CUGGACAAGAAAGACCCUUCUGAAGACAAGGAGGACAUUGAGGGUAACCUGCUUAGGCCCACCGGCGUGGCCCUUCGUGGAGCCCACUUCUGCCUGAAGCUCUUCCGGGCUGAGGACCUACCACAAAUGGACGACGCUGUGAUGGACAAUGUCAAGCAGAUCUUUGGCUUCGACAGCAACAAGAAGAACUUGGUGGACCCCUUUGUGGAAGUCAGCUUCGCUGGGAAAAUGCUCUGCAGCAAGAUCCUGGAAAAGACGGCAAACCCUCAGUGGAACCAGAGUAUCACCCUGCCUGCAAUGUUUCCCUCUAUGUGUGAAAAAAUGAGGAUUCGUGUCAUGGACUGGGACCGCCUCACUCACAACGACACUGUGGCCACCACCUACUUGGGCAUGUCGAAAAUCUCUGCCACUGGAGGAGAAAUAGAAGAGGAGCCAGCAGGUGUGCUCAAGCGCCCACAAGCCUCUGACCUGGAUGACAACCUGGGCUUCCUCCCCACUUUUGGGCCCUGCUAUGUGAACCUCUAUGGCAGUCCCCGGGAGUUCACAGGCUUCCCAGAUCCUUAUGCAGAGCUCAACACAGGAAAGGGAGAGGGUGUGGCUUAUCGGGGCAGGCUUCUGUUGUCCCUGGAGACCAGACUGGUGGAGCACAGUGAGCAGAAGGUGGAAGACCUUCCUGCUGAUGAUAUCCUGCGGGUGGAGAAAUACCUUCGGAGGCGCAAAUACUCCCUCUUUGCUGCCUUCUACUCAGCCACAAUGCUGCAGGAUGUAGACGAUGCUAUUCAGUUCGAAGUGAGCAUCGGGAACUACGGGAACAAAUUUGACACCACCUGCCUGCCGCUGGCCUCCACCACCCAGUACAGCCGGGCAGUCUUUGAUGGGUGCCACUACUAUUACUUGCCUUGGGGCAACGUGAAGCCCGUGGUGGUACUGUCCUCAUACUGGGAAGACAUCAGCCAUCGGAUCGAGACUCAGAACCAGCUCCUCAGGAUCGCUGACCGGCUGGAGGCUAGCCUGGAGCAGGUCCACCUGGCUCUGAAGGCACAGUGCUCCUCCGAGGACAUGGACGCCCUGGUGGCUCAGCUGACAGAGGAGCUGCUUGCGGACUGCAGCCAGCCCCUGUGUGACAUCCGUGAAAUACCUUCUGCCACCCACCUUGAUCAGUACCUGUUCCGGCUGCGCACCCGUCACCUGAGCCAGAUCAAAGAAGCUGCUCUGGCCUUGAAGCUUGGUCACAGUGACCUCCCCACCACCUUGGAGCAGGCUGAGGACUGGCUUCUGCAUCUCCGUGCCCUGGCUGAGGAGCCCCAGAACAGCCUGCCAGAUAUCAUCAUCUGGCUGCUGCAAGGUGACAAGCGUGUGGCCUACCAGCGGGUACCCGCUCAUGAAGUCCUCUUCUCCCGGCGGGGCCCCAGCUACUGCGGCAGGAACUGUGGGAAGCUGCAGACCAUCUUUCUGAAAUAUCCUAUGGAGAGCGUGCCUGGGGCCCGGAUGCCUGUGCAGAUCCGGGUCAAGCUCUGGUUCGGGCUCUCUGUGGAUGAGAAAGAAUUCAAUCAGUUCGCCGAGGGGAAGCUCUCUGUCUUUGCCGAAACGUAUGAGAAUCAGACAAAGCUGGCACUGGUUGGGAACUGGGGCACAACAGGCCUCACCUACCCGAAGUUUUCUGACGUCACAGGCAAGAUCAAACUACCGAAGGAUAGCUUCCGUCCCUCAGCUGGCUGGGCCUGGGCAGGAGACUGGUUCGUGUGUCCAGAGAAGACCCUGCUCCACGGUGCUGAUGCUGGUCAUUUGAGCUUUGUGGAGGAGGUGUUUGAGAACCAGACCCGGCUCCCCGGAGGCCAGUGGAUUUACAUGAGUGACAACUACACGGACGUGAAUGGGGAGAAGGUGCUUCCGAAGGAUGAAAUUGAAUGCCCGCUGGGCUGGAAGUGGGAAGAUGAGGAGUGGUCCACAGACCUCAAUCGGGCUGUUGACGAGCAAGGCUGGGAGUACGGCAUCACCAUACCCCCGGACCGAAAGCCAAGGCACUGGGUCCCAGCUGAGAAGAUGUAUUACACUCACAGGCGUCGACGCUGGGUCCGACUGCGCAGGAGGGACCUCAGCCAGUUGGAGGCACUGAAGAGGCACCGGCAGGCGGAGGCUGAGGGUGAGGGCUGGGAGUACGCCUCUCUCUUUGGCUGGAAGUUCCACCUGGAGUACCGCAAGACGGACGCUUUCCGCCGCCGCCGCUGGCGCCGCAGAAUGGAGCCACUGGAGAAGACGGGGCCUGCAGCUGUGUUUGCCCUCGAGGGGGCCCUG